UGACACAGUGUCUGCAGACUGGAGAGCGGAGCGGCUUCUCUUCCAGGAGUACGGGUCAUUUUUCUGGAUCAAAACCGACGAACGAGCCGGACUUUGUUUGAGAAACCUCUGGGUUUUUACCCACGUUUGUGAAUCAGCUCGACACGGUGAGAAACGGAGAGACCCUGGCGGUGAAAUCCCGGUGGAAGAAGCUGCUUUUCCCCGCAAAGAAACGCCAACAAAGAGCGUUCAAGGAAGUAGGCUGCUGCCAGGCGAGGGACGUAAGUUAGUUUAGAGACAAACUGAAAGUAAACCGGCGGAUAAAUCCCUCACCAUGGCUUAUAACAGACUCUUUCGUGCGGUGUUGUCUUUAUUUUUUUGUAUCCUGUUCCUAAAUGUGGGAAUUUUCCGAGUGGACGGGCAGUACGGCGGCGGUGACCGAGGAAUGUCUAUACCGGAGCACGGAUUCUGCCAGCCCAUCUCCAUCCCUCUGUGCACGGACAUCGCUUACAACGAGACCAUCAUGCCCAACCUGCUCGGCCACACCAACCAGGAGGACGCGGGGCUGGAGGUGCACCAGUUUUACCCUCUGGUCAAAGUGCAGUGCUCCCCUGAUUUAAAGUUCUUCCUCUGCUCCAUGUAUGCGCCUGUGUGCACGGUGCUGGAGCAGGCGCUGCCUCCAUGUCGCUCUCUGUGUGAAAGAGCCAGGCAGGGCUGCGAGGCGCUCAUGAACAAGUUUGGUUUCCAGUGGCCCGACAGCCUGGCCUGUGAGUCCUUCCCUGUGCACGGUGCUGGGGAGCUGUGCGUGGGUCAGAACAUGUCUGACCGCACCGAUUCAGAAGGGCCCCCAGCUUACCCCACAGAGCGAUCGCAGCCGGAACCCGUGAAUGGACAGUUCCGGUGCCCAGCCUCGCUCAGGGUGCCCCCCUACCUGAACUACCGCUUCCUGGGGCAGGAGAACUGCGGCGCUCCAUGUGAGCCAAAGAGAUCUCACGGGAUGAUGUAUUUCACUGAGGAGGAGCUCAAAUUCGCCAGGAUCUGGAUCGGAAUCUGGUCCGUGCUGUGCUGCGCUUCCACCUUAUUCACUGUGCUGACCUACUUGGUGGACAUGAAGCGCUUCAGCUACCCAGAGCGGCCCAUCGUCUUCCUCUCUGGCUGCUACACAAUGGUGUCCAUCGCCUACAUUGCUGGGUUUUUAUUGGAGGAUAAGGUGGUGUGCAACGACAGAUUCGACAACGACAUCAGGACUGUGGUGCAGGGCACCAAGAAGGAGGGCUGCACCAUCCUCUUCAUGAUGCUCUACUUCUUCAGCAUGGCCAGCUCCAUCUGGUGGGUCAUCCUGGCUCUUACCUGGUUCCUGGCAGCUGGGAUGAAAUGGGGCCAUGAAGCCAUCGAGGCUAACUCUCAGUAUUUCCACCUGGCAGCCUGGGCCGUGCCUGCCAUCAAGACCAUCACCAUCCUGGCGGUGGGGCAGGUGGAUGGGGACGUGCUAAGUGGGGUGUGCUUUGUCGGCAUCAACAGCGUGGAUGCUCUUCGAGGCUUCGUCCUGGCACCUCUGUUUGUUUAUCUCUUCAUCGGGACGUCCUUCCUGUUGGCUGGCUUCGUCUCCCUGUUCCGCAUCCGGACCAUCAUGAAGCACGACGGUACGAAGACGGAGAAGCUGGAGAAGCUGAUGGUGCGGAUAGGGAUCUUCAGCGUGCUGUACACGGUCCCCGCCACCAUCGUCAUCGCCUGCUACUUCUACGAGCAGGCCUUCAGAGAGCAGUGGGAGAGGACGUGGAUCAGCCAGACCUGCAAGACGUACGCCGUGCCGUGUCCCAUCCAGAACCACCCCAACAUGAGCCCCGACUUCACCGUCUUCAUGAUCAAGUAUCUCAUGACGCUUAUCGUGGGCAUCACCUCCGGCUUCUGGAUCUGGUCUGGGAAGACCCUCAACUCCUGGAGGAGGUUUUACACGAGACUGGCCAACAGUAAACAAGGAGAGACCACGGUGUGAUGUGGUUUCAGCCUAACAGACUGCUGAGUGACAAACUGAAUGAUAAUCCCCUUUUAUUCUUUUCUUGUUUUGAUUUUUUCUCAGACUUCCAGGAGACACUUGGUCCGUUUUUUAUGUACAUAAACAUUUGUGAGAUUUUUGUAAGUAUAUAUUUGUAUUUAAAGAUUUAAAAAACUUUCUUUUUUAAAAAAAACAAACAUUUUUUUCAUACUUUGGACAUAAUGGGAUUGUACUUUAUGAUCACAAAGAGCCAGCUGACCGUCAAGGAUCCUGAGGUCUUAUGACCUGACUUACUGUGGACACCGCUGGGAGUAUUUCACAUGGAGCGUUGGUGUCUUUGAUCAGUGAGCCGCCUGUGAGCACUGGGUCUAUUCUAAGCAGAGUCCCGUGAAACCCAAGUGCUUCCUCGUGGCUCCCUCUUAUCCUGAUUAACCAGCUGUAGUUUGUGUCUGUUGUACAGUGGAGCAGCAGUUGCCCGGGUUUGAAGGGAAAUGUCAGCAGUGUUGGACGAGGAGCGCUGCACAGGUUGUGAAUGUGAGUCAUUGUGACAGAUGGCUGCGGCCUGUAGCUCGGGCCUAACAGUUAAAACAUUCCUUUCCAAAUAAAGCACACGGAAUCACAUCAGGAUAAAGGAGCGGAUAAGGCUUUUUACAUGUUUGAGCUCUUAAAAUAUUUUUACAUUGCUGAGUUUUUAAUUCUCACUAAAGCAACAGUUUCCCUUUUGAUUUAGAAGCAGCUUUUAUUCCAUAAUCGGUGCAAAAUUAUGAUAACACUGUGAAAUUUUGCAUAAUUUAUGCCCAAGUCUGCUGCAGCAUGACACAAUACCACACCUUUAACCAAAAGGAAAUCUCAGGUUUUAGGAAUUUUGCAGAAAAUCUGACACUCUGAGAUAAAGGUAGAAUAUUUGAAAUUUUAUUACACUAAAUUCAAGGUGAUUUAUUCCCCUUUAAUAUGUUUUAUUUUAAAGAAAGUGUGAUUUACAGUGCUUAACACAUUUAUUAGACCACCUGUCAUAUUUGUCUCAGAGACCAUCCAGCAUCUUAAAGUCCUUUA